AUGGGGCGCCUGGGGUGCGUCCGCCACGUAGGACCGUUGGGGUCCCAUGCUGAAUCGCCUGGAAAACCGGAGGUCCGACGGACGCCUCCUCCGUGCCGUGGUGUGAACGUCGUGUGGCCCGGCUUGCCGCCUGAGGCCAAAUCUGGCUAUUUAAGCCGGCCGGCGUCCCCCAACCCUAGCGCAUCCACGUCCUCCCUUUCUGCACAGCCACCCAAGCCCAUCACGGAGGAGAUCCAAGCAAGGCGCGCCUCCCGCAUCGCUGCCAGGCUGCCUCCGGAUUCGUCGCAGCCGGAGGAGGAAGAGGAGCAGCAGUUGGAGGAGGAGGAGGGAGAGCAGCUUCCGGAACCAAUGAAGGUGGCGGAUCCGGAUGAGGAGGAGGCAGAGCAGCCUGCUCCGGGGUUCAACAUGGUGGAGGCGGAGGCGGAGUUCACCGUCGCCCAAGCAGCAAACAUGGCAAAGCAGCAUGCCAUCCUGGAGUCCAUCCAAGAUGAGGCCUAUGUGGAGGCCAACCGGCAGUUCCUCCGGUAG